AUGCAGUCAAAAUCUCAUUUGCACAACUCUCCAAGACAAAUUCUAAGAAGAUCACAUACCAUAAUCCACAAAGAGCCAACCCCAUCUCACACUAGAGUUAAGACUUAUUAUAACUGUGAAAAUCAUUUAAUAAACAAUUCAAACUCAAAUAAAAAUAUUUUUUCAUUCUCAAAACCAUCAGAAUAUUUUAGUAUUUUGAAUCGCUCAAGCACAACAAGAGAUUCAGGACUGGCAAACUCAUGCUCAAAUUUAAAUAAAACAAAUUUUACGAUUUCAACGAAUCAGAUAAAUGAUUACUCAAAAGGGCUGGAUUUAUGCUACAAACUCUUUCCCAUUGCAAGUCCAGAAUCAUCAACAAAGGGAAAACCUAAAAAAAUUAAUUGAAAUUAUCAUAAUACUGAACUUAGCCAAGUAGCAAGUGUUGGGUUUAAGAGCAGGGUAGUUAAAAAAGUUCUUAAAAAUAUUGUAAUUGAUCCCUCAAACUCUCCAAUCUUAGGUAGAAAAUUAUCUCCUAAAACUACAUUUUCUCGCGAAGCCACUGAGAACAGUAGACCGUAUCUAAAGAGUGAUAUUGAAAAUAUACUGGAAUCUUUACAUGCUAAUAGAUCUCGGAGAUUAAGAAGCUUAUAA